AUGGCCAAGAUCAAGACCAUCGAGUACUUCCGUGUCCUUCCCAGAUGGCUUUUUGUCAAAGUAAUAGAUGAAGAUGGGAAUUACGGCUGGGGUGAAAGCACCCUAGAAGGGCACACAGAAGCCGUCGAAGGAACGCUUAAUGCACUGUGCAAGCGCUUCCAGGGAUACGAGGCCGAUGAUAUCGAACACAUCUGGCAAAUGGCCUGGCGUCUCGGCUUCUACCGCGGGGGUCCCGUCUUCAUGUCCGCCAUUUCCGGUAUCGAUAUCGCCUUGUGGGAUCUCAAGGGCCGCAAACUCGGCGUCCCAAUUCACCAGCUCAUCGGAGGAAAGGUCCGCAACAAGCUCUCCGUCUACGCAUGGAUUGGCGGUGACCGACCGGAUGACGUUGAAGCAGCUGGCAAAGCACGCCUAGCACAGGGAUUCAAAGCGAUUAAGAUGAAUGCCACGGAGGAUGUGAACUGGCUGGAUUCACCGCGUGCGCUGGAAUCCAGCGUCGAGCGUCUGAAAGCCGUCAAGGCGCUGGGUCUGGAUGCUGCACUGGACUUCCAUGGCCGUUUACACAAGCCCAUGGCGAAGCAGUUGGCCAAGGCGCUUGAGCCGCACAAACCGCUUUUCCUUGAAGAACCUCUGCUCUCUGAGCACCCGGAGGGCAUCAAGCAGUUGUCGGACCAGGUGUCAUGUCCUAUUGCACUGGGUGAGCGUCUUUACAGCCGCUGGGAUGUAAAGCGCUUCCUGGAGGAUGCCAGUGUUGAUGUCCUCCAGCCGGACAUCAGCCAUUGCGGAGGUAUCUCUGAGCUACGACGGAUUGCGUCCAUGGCUGAAACGUAUGAUGUCGCGAUUGCGCCGCAUUGUCCUCUUGGUCCUAUUGCCCUGGCUGCCUGUAUGCAGGUCGAUCUUGCCACUCCUAAUUUCGUUAUCCAGGAGAUGAGCCUCGGCAUCCAUUAUAACACCGAAGCUGGUGAUUAUGAUAUCACUAGUUAUGUCAAGGAUGCUAGUGUCUUCAACGUCAAGGACGGCUAUGUUGAUGCUUUGACGGCCCCGGGACUGGGUAUCGAGGUUGAUGAGGAGACUGUCCGGCGCGUGGCACAGACAACUGAACCCUGGCAGCCUAAGGAGUUCUUUGGUCCCGAUGGUGGUAUACGGGAGUGGUAA